CCAGCUCAGCCCGAUGGCAGAAGAGGUUGACAAAAAAGAAAGACACCUGUUGGGGUGGCCUGCCAGACCCAGGAGUUGAGGGCUCUGUGAGGGCUCGGGAAUUCGGACCCAGGACAGGGAUUCUCCAUGGCUAGGCCCAGAAACACAGGGUCCAACCACUCUCCAGCGGGGAGACCUGGGGGUGAAGGGGUGAGCCCUGCGCAGGUCUCUGUUCCUUGGUCUUCACUGGGCAGUGUGGAGAGGUGUGGCCAGGAGGAACCCGCGUUUGUCCAGACCAGGGUCUACUCUGGCACCAGAGUGACCACCUCUGACCUCUCCUUUCCUCGUCCUGGGCGGGGAACAACACCAAAUGAGGGACAUAGAAAGGGGUGAGAAGCAUAAAUGUGCGUGUGUUUCUGCAGAGGAGGGGGCAUGGGCCCCUGCCGGGCUGCGCAGGGGAGGGUGGGGUGGGACUUUUCCAGAGAGGGAGCCAGGCCUGGCCCGGGCCCCGGGAGCUCACGUCACCCCCACCCCUCACUUCUCCAGGGAACUGCCAAAGCCAAACCCAGCUCGGGACGGGAUUAUGUGUACUGGGUAGACCCGUGGAGAGGGGCGGCGAGAAGAGAUCUCGGUGGCAGAGAGAAGCAGAGGCAGAGAGGGCAUGAAGAGGGGUCGGCAUCAGAGAAGGGGCAGGCAGUGACUAUCACCCCAAUUCUUCUUCCCUCAGCUGGAGUAACAAGAGUCAGGCAGAGCCUGAAGACUUGGGUGGAACAUGGGCCCUUCUCUGGAGACCCUGGCCUCCCCCGUUCAGUCAGGGUGGAGUUGCUGACCUUAGUGGCCAGCCCAGCCAGGGGAAGGAGUGGCCAUCGGCAACCCCCUCCCCAACCCCAAUCCCUGAGGCGCCCGCUCUGGCUCAGCCACUCUGACCCCUCCCUCAAAUUCCAAACCCUAGGUCUCAGGGAGGGCAGUGGGGCUGAGUGUCAGCCCCCAGGCACAUUCCUACCCUUCUCUUGGUCAUUUUCUGCCCCAGAGUUGGCCCACCUCAGCAAUGCGAGGGCUCCCUGGAUUCCUCUCCCGGGUGCCUUUCAGAUCCAACAGAAACAGAUUUUUUUUUUUCCUGGAAAGCAGAACUAA